AUGCCGUCUAGAUGGCGUAUGCUCCGACCUCAGCACUCCCCAAACGAGACCAAGCACGAAAAAGGGGGUGCCAACCUCAUGAAUCUACCAUCAGAAAUCUUGCAGAUCAUCAUAGAAUAUCUUUCGCCGGUUGACAGAGCUAGCUUGACUCUUUGCAAUCACGACUUGCCGUGGGCCCUUGGAAACAAAUACUGGUAUUCACUACGAUCCGGCAAAGAAGACGAGGACUAUCGAGAAUCGUUCCUGACUACCCUCGCACGAGAUCUCCCUGGCCAUUUCUUCUGCCACCAUUGUUCUCGUCUCCAUCUAUGGCACAACGUAGGCCCGCCUGGCCCGGCGUUGCAGCCCAAGAACCAGUUGCCCUGCGUUGGACACCAGCUCGAACUUUGGCGAUGUGUACGAGCGCACCGGUCGCUGUCCCGAUACCGGUUUGUUUUUCCACAUUUGCAGCUGGCUAUGAGAAGGCACUACUACGGCCCAGGAUAUGGGAUUCCUACCGAGUCGUUGUCAUUCACAGAAGUUCAAGUACCCAUUGACGAAGACAAGCCAGAGCAGGUUACGACGCUGCUAUCAGUGGAAGCGCGGAUCUGCCUCGAGCCGACGAGUUUAUCUCUACGCAUUCAGCAAUGGGCGUUGAUUGGCUCUACGAAACGUGAUUCGAUGCUUCUCAAGACCAAAUUCGUGAUGAUAUGUGACCAUGUAACAACCAGGUCUUCGGAGGUAUCUCGACUUAUCGAGUCCAAAUUAAAGCGUCACCACACAGAAUCUGUGUGCCGGCCAGAUUCGGAAGUUCUCAAAUGUCGCUAUUGCAACAUAGACUUCCAAAUGGAGAUCAAAGAGGUUGGUAACGAAGGAACAGCGUUAGUUAUUACGAAAUGGCUGGACCUGGGUGCAGGAUUGACCCCAACGGAUACCAGAUGGAGGGUACAUCUUGCCAGAGACAGGGAUGCCGAGAUAGGCAAAUCGCGGAAGGCUGGAGAAAUUCGCCUGCGCUUCGAAAGUGAGCCCGGACUGUCGCAGGAUUCUCUUUCGUGUCAAAACGCGUCAUACUUGACUGCGAAACGGUAUAUGGCCGCAAUGGACUAUUGGAAUAAGGGGAAUUGGAUUUUACAGGCCGAUGCGAAAGGUGUUGACUGCCAAAGAAACUUCCAGUUCCCGUCAGCCUUUGCCCCUUUGCUUGUUCCACUGCACCAGAUUUGCUUCUUAUCAUCCCGUCACUCCUUCAAAACGACCAUUUCUCCUCGUUACACGCAUCACCUCGGCGCCGCUCCUCAGUCUCCAGCCGAGGAAUCUUUGAACGCAAUCCGUCCAUCACUGUUUCGGAGACUGAGUAUCCGUCCAACUCUACUCCUGCACAGAUCAAGAUCAAGGUCAAAGUCAAAGACAAGAUUGUCAGCGAAGGCGUCGCCGUCACCUUCACCCGCUGGAUCUCCUCAUCCAGCCGAUGAAGACGUCACAGGAAGUCCUAAUGUCUCCGCUCCACCAGAAUCCUUCGGCGAUAUGAUUCCUUCUUCCCUCACGGUUACUCCUCCCGCUCCACCAUCAAAGAGACAGCGUUCGCGAGAUGGUCGCCCCUUCUUGGGUCGAGCAAGCUCUACGCAUCGUGAGGUAGAUGAUGGUCCUCCACCAAGUCCAGGUCUCCGCAUACCUGCCUUCUUAAAUCAUUCCAAAGCAGACAUAUCAAAGCUGUUUCAAGAGCUUGAAUGGCGCCAACGCUUUCGUCUUCAGCAUGCUAUGAACAAUCCUACGAGCUCCCCAUUCCGCAUCGAGAGGUCUCCUAUGGUCUUCUCCAGAAAUCGCUAUAACAAUGUUCAGCCUUGGGACUCGUCGCGAAUAAAGUUGGAGGUUCCGAUCGCUGGUUCAGACUACGUCAAUGCCUCUCCAAUUAGGCUCAAGAGCAGGUCUCCUUCAUCUAGCCCAAAUGCACGAUCUUCUGUGUCUGUCCAUCAUCAAAGCGCCUCUACCAAUGUUGACCCCCCGGAAUACAAAUACAUCGCCACACAAGGUCCCAAGGAGGGGCAAUUCUCCCACUUCUGGAAUAUGGUCAUGCAAGAGACCGUCGGCGAAAUAGGUGUGAUUGUAAUGCUGACCCAAUGCUGGGAGGGCAAUAAAGAGAAAUGCGGACAGUAUUUUCCCACCAGCAUGGAUAUACCUACGUUUGAUCUGGGAUCUAGCGAAGGAGAUGAUCACCCUUCAAACCCUAUUGGUGAUCCCUUCUUGGAUUCGGACCCCUUAAGCGCCGAUGCUGAUAGUAACCCUGCAGAAGACCCCGGCUCCGAUCGAAACACUCCAGAACCCAAAGUCCAAAGAAGUCUAGAAGCUAGUGUUACUCUACUCGAAUUUCACCAUGACACGAUAUCGCGAUCUGAGGUGCGCAAGCUUAAACUCCAAAUUGGCGCAGAAACCAAAACGAUAUGGCACUACCUUUUCAACGGCUGGCCCGACUACGCCAAACCCGAAGGCGAGGACCGGCGGGCCCUCCUCGAACUAAUCAAGCAAUCCGCCCUGCAAGCUGGAGACCCAAGCCUGAACCCGCGCUUCGUCCACUGCUCCGCCGGAGUCGGCCGCACAGGGACAUUCAUCGCCCUCGACUUCCUCCUCCGAGAGCUCGCCCAAGGCAACCUCGAAAUCAACCCGUCCACCUCAUCCCGGCCCAGCUCCUCAGGCCAGCGCACCCAGACCUCACAAGAGGAAUCCGACACUGCGUCCGUCGAUGGCAAUAGUUUUGCGAUGAUGAUGGGUAAGGAAUCAACGCCAGAAGCGAAGGAAGAUCUCAUCUUCGAGACGGUGAAUACGCUUCGUGAACAGCGCAUGAUGAUGGUGAUGAAUGAUGUGCAGUAUAGCUUUCUCUACGAGGUGCUGAGGGAGGCGUAUGUGGAGAUGUACUCGCCUCCUCGGCGCAAAGUCGUGGGGAGUGGCCUCACGACAGACGCAGAUGGCAAUUGGGAUGGUGGUGGUGGAGGAAGUGGUGCUACUGACGCGGAUAUGGGGGAGCCAAGUCCUAAGAUGCCCAGGAUCGGCAACAUGCUCUUUGUGGGCCCCAGUGAAGCUGCGGAGGCGGAGAGGAAGGAAGUCGAGCACAAAGCUGGGCAUGCGAAUAUCGGGGCGGUGAAGGCCAACAGCAGAGUUGGGCAGGGCGGGCAGGCGGAGGCAGAGGCCGACCCCUUUGUGGCGGUUGAUCCGGCAGUGGUGAGGUUGGAGCAGGAGGCUAAGAAAGAUUAA